AUGCCCCCCUACGUCCCUCGUAAGCGUGUCUCCUCCGAGGAUCCGCCCAGUGCCAAACGUCAAAAUGCCACCCCCAAUGUCGAAAUCGGCCAACUCGAUGACGACAGCUCCGAUUCGUCUUUAAGCGACGCUCCCAGCGAUACUCCCAAGCCUCCGCAGCCCGAAGAAGAUAACUCCGAUGAUGAAUCCGACGAUGAAGAAAUUGACUGGGAAGAUGCCAUCGAUUCCAACCCUACCGCCACCCCGGCAGCUUCGAAUACGCCCGCCCACCUUCAAGACCUCGAGUUAACCCUGGAUAAGAACGAGGUUCAUCUGCCCGACAUUGCCGAGGGGAAGAAAGGUCCUUCAAAGAUCGAGCGUCAGAUUCGCAUCCAAACACAUUGUCUCCACGUCCAGUUCCUUCUAUACCACAAUGCCCUGCGCAAUGCCUGGGCAAACGAUUCCGAGGUGCACGAGAUUCUACGGCGCAAACUACCUCCCGCGCUCCAUAAGGAAGUUAAGAAAUGGCGCGUCGCAUCUGGUCUGGAGCUCCCGGAGAAACCGCCGGAAGACAAGUCCAAAAAAAAAAAGAAGAAAAAGGGAAAGCAACGGCAGGAAUCGGAGCGCGACUGGGGCGAAGGGUCCACACGAUUGGAACCAGGACAGCCGGAUAUGAGUCGCGGUGAUCCCAUCAUCCCUUUACUCAAGGUGCUGGCCGCCUAUUGGAAGAAGCAAUUCAAAAUCACCGCCCCAGGGUUACGAAAACAUGGCUAUCAGCCCAUGUCCCAUCUUCAGGCGGAGCUAUCUUCUUUGCAGAAUGAUGAUCACGAUGCGGAGAGACACGGGGAGCGGGUGAAGGAUGUUGUGGAGUUUCGACAGGCGGCCGAACAGAUGCAGGGCUCGCGAGACCUCGGAGCUCAGCUCUUUACAGCCCUGCUGCGCGCCCUGGACAUCGAGACGCGACUCGUUGCCAGCCUACAGCCUUUAGGUUUCGGAUGGACUAAAUCGGAGGUGUAUACACCAAAGUCCCAGCCAGAGACGGCUCCCACAACGGAGACCGAGGAAACGGAGACUGCCGCGGACCCCGAGUCUGAUAGCAGCGAUUUGAUACCUAAAACUUCCCCCAACGGCCUCGGUUCUAAAAAAUACGACAAAGACCUGCCCUUCCCAGUGUAUUGGAUGGAGGUGGCCUCGCCAGUUACACACGAGAUCAUUUCGGUCGACCCGCUCGUGCUCCAAAAUUCCGUGGCUUCGACCCCGGAGCUGCAGGCGGCCUUCGAGCCUCGCGGAGCCAAAGCCGAUAAAGCCAAGCAGGUGAUUUGCUACGUGAUAGCCUACUCGUCGGACAAGACGGCCAAGGACGUAACCACGCGAUAUCUGCGUCGUCGCACUUGGCCGGGCAAAACUAAAGGGUACCGUCUCCCCGUAGAGAAGAUCCCCAUACCCGGUCGUAAAGGGAAGUACUAUGAGUACGAUUGGUUCCACCUGACCCUGCGCAUCUACGAGCGUGCUCCUAACAAACGAACCGAAGUUGAUGAUGUUGAGGAUGCAAAGGACCUGGCCCCUAAUAAGCCCGAGAAAAAGCCCGCCAAAGAAGGUGACACCCUUCAGAGCCUGCGUGCGUCGACCGAAUUUGUCCUCGAGCGAUUCCUCCGUCGCGAAGAAGCCUUGAAACCCGGCACCCAGCGCGUCCGCACAUUCACCACGGGGCGCGGCGCCAAAGCCAAAGAAGAGAACGUCUACCGACGGAAAGACGUUGUCAAAUGCCUCUCCGCGGAGAGCUGGCAUAAAGAAGGCCGGCAGAUCAAGAAAGGCGAGAUCCCAUUGAAACGAGUGCCCAUUCGCGCUGUCACUCUUCUCCGCAAACGCGAGGUGGACGAACUCGAGCGCGAGACGGGCGAAAAGCCCAAACAGGGUCUCUAUGCUAAAUACCAGACCGAAUACAUCAUCCCGCCACCUAUCCGCGACGGCGUCAUCCCCAAGAACGAAUAUGGGAACAUUGACUGUUUCGUGCCCAGCAUGGUCCCGCGCGGCGCCGCACACGUCCCCUGGCCUGGGACCGUGCGUCUCUGCAAGAAACUAGGCAUCGACUAUGCCGAGGCUGUGACGGGCUUCGAGUUCGGAUCUAAAAUGGCCGUUCCUGUCAUCGAGGGCGUCGUAGUGGCUGCUGAGAACGAGGAUCUCCUCAAGGACGCCUGGCGCGCAGAUGCCGCCGAGAAACGAGAGAAGGAGCGCCGGAAGACGGAGGCUCGCAUCCUGCAAACCUGGCGCAAGUUCAUCUUCGGCCUGCGCAUCGCCGAGCGCGUCCGCGAGGAAUACGGGCAGUCGUCUCGGGACUACGAGCAGGACGAUUAUAAUCCGUUCACAAACCGACGGGCCGGACGACCCCCUUCUCCCUCUCCUACAAGGGACUUCCAUUCGCUCCCUCAAGAAGAGGAGGAGGAGGAGGCGGAUGAGGAUCGCGCUGAUCGGGGCGGCGGUUUCCUUCUACCCGGUGAAGACGAUGGAGACGACGGCGGUUUGAUCGUCGAAAAGCACCACGAAGAGCCGAAAUUCACUCAAUCUGUCAAUGAUGCGGAGUCAGAACCCGCUCCGGAAGAAAUGGACGUAGACGCGGAUGAGGAUGAAGAUGACGAUCAAGAAGGCGGAUUCGAAAAAGCCGAGAUCCCAGACAGCGACAGUGCCUCUAUCGAAGAGCUGUCGCCACCACCUCAAACAUCAUCUGACGAUCCCGAAUCAGACCCGGAGGUUCAAUUCACUGGCUCGAGAGCAAGAAGGACACUGAAGCAGACACAGCAAGCUCAGGCGCAGGAACCGCCUACAACACGCCGACGGACUCGAAAUAUGACAAGGCGGGGGUAG